GCUCCCUCAAACAGCCUACCUUUACCCCAGUGUCACAUCACAAAUAGUCUCUCCGCGAUUCUGGGUUGAGCAGGUGGAUGCACGGGCAGACCCGUCUUUUCCAGCUCUGAGGAACUCAUUAAAACUUCAGGGGCAAUCUGUCUGCUUCUGGCGACCACAACCAAGUGAAAGAGGUCUAAUUUUGUGAAAGAAGUGACAGACAGCAUGGAUGAAGACUCGGACAGUGACCAUGCUGUUCUCUCUCUCCGUGGCAUGUCACCCCAAGGAAGCUUACCCUCAGAUGAAGAACUGCUCCUUGAUGAGAGCAAGGACUUCAAUAAUCCAGACCAGAGCACAAAAACUGAAGUUUGGCGCACAGACUGGCACAAGAAUCACAUGGGAGCAAUAAGCAGUGAGAAGUUUGACAGCCUCCUCAAGAUGUGUCCUGAUUUCCAAGGUUGCAAGAGCCACAUGGCAGCGUUUGUGCUAAUAAAAGACGUGUUGGACACAGCAGGCCGUCCUUGUAAGCAGUACAAAGUGGUAGCUCUGGGAGCAGGUCGUUCAAGCUGCAGCAAGUGGCUCUGCUUCAAUGGGACUAUGGUCCAUGACUGCCAUGCCAUCAUCAUCGCUAGACGAGCUCUCCUAAGGUUUUUGUACAAACAGCUUUUGCUGUUCUUUGAUGCUGAUCCAAAGGCCAAGGAGAACUGCAUUUUCGAGAGCAGUGCAGACAGCCACCAGCUUCAGCUCAAACCUGGGAUCAGCCUGCAUCUCUACACCAAUCAGUGUCCUGAAGGAGCAGCUAAAAACUUCUACUUCAAGGGUCCUUCAGACAGCACUUGGUCUGCCAUGAAGCUGCAGUAUCAUGCACAAGGUUCACUGAUCCCUGUAGCCUACCUUGAACCAAGUCUGUGGGGUGCCAAAGUCUGCUGCAUGUCUGGUAGUGACAAGUUGUGUCGUUGGACUGUCAUCGGCGUUCAGGGUGCUUUACUGACCCACUUCAUCCAGCCGCUCUACAUCACCAGCGUGGUGCUAGGGGGCCAGAAAACUGUCAAUGAAGAAGUGUCAGAUAUCACCAACAAGCGACUGGGCGAUGAUAUCCAAGAGUUUCUGCCACCAUUCUACAAACAGCAUGACAUCUUCUUUCUCUGUGGCGAUUAUGUGGGGCCUGGUGUAACCUCCUCACGGCAUGAGGACCUCAGCAUCAACUGGUGCCUUGGAGACAAGGAUAUUGAAGUUCUGGACAGCAGCAAGGGCUUCAUUGUUGAUGGUUCUCCAUCUGUCAGCGGGCCUGGCUUCUCCAGCAGACUUUGCAAAAGAGCCCUUUAUGGUUAUUUCCUCCGAGUUGCUCAGCUGGGUGGUCAUAGCUAUCUGCAGGAGCUUCCAAACUACCACCGCGUCAAGGUUGAAGCUAUGGUCUACCAGACUGUCAAAAAUCUGGUCAAGCAACAGCUCCUGAGAAACCAUGCAGGCCCCUGGAAUUCAAAGAAGUUGGUUGACUGCUUCAGCAUUUGAAGAAGUGCCUCCAAGAAAUGGAUCACAUUGAAGUCCAUCUAAGUUCCUCUUUAGAUUUUUUUUCAUGCUGAUGUUCUGCUCUUCAGUUAGUAUCUUUAACAGUUCUUUGGUUUUAUGUAUAAUGUUAAUAUGUUCAGUUUGUGUAGGUGUUUGGGAUAAAUAAAGUAACCCUACUGUUUGAACAAGA